UUAAUACACAAAACACAUUGCCAAAGCGCAAGCAAAUAAUCAACACAUUCAUUUCCUAUGAUGAUGGUGGAUUGUCACGUCGCUGCUUCCGCAGACGUGUAAAGCAAAGCCUGUGUGAGAUUAUAUAGGUCUCUGUUCCUUGCUCUAUGGUCUUUAUAUAUCCAAACACAAGAAAUUGUUUGCUACCACCAAUUCACCCAAAAAAUUCUGUUUGCACCAAGAAAAUUCACCACAACUGAAACGACAUCAUGGUGAAAAAGCUGGAGGACAUGUGCCUGCAGUGCAUCGGCCAGAACCUGAACAGCAUCAGCCAGGUCGGCCGCUUGCUGCCGACCAAACACAAGGAGAUUCUCCUGCAGAGGCUGGCCGACCAUGACAUGCUGACCCCAGACUACCUGCCUCACGUGACUUAUCAUCUGUUCUCGCCGGCGCUGCAUUCGGUCAAGUUCAAGGGUUGCGAGCAGGUUACUGACGCUGUGUUGAUGAAGUUGAAUGACUGCAAGUGCCAACUGGAGUCACUGUAUAUCGGUCGCUGCAAAAUGGUCACGGAUGUUGGUCUUCAAGCCCUCCUCAGCAAGCAAACAUCUCUGAAGAAACUAACACUGAAGAACCUGCCUCAGAUAACCUGCAAAGCACUGGAGGCUGUCUGUUGUCCAGAUACACUGGUAGAUGUCAAAAUUCUCUGCAGUAACAUCAGCAACAAAGGUAUCCAAAGCCUGGUGACCAAGAACCCAAAGAUAUGCAAGCUUUCGUUUGGGACUCCCACGUCCAAGGCCUCUGACGAUGUGGUGCCUGUCUGUGCUUCAGCGCUUGGGAGCAACUUGAUUGAGCUUGUGAUUUCUGACCUGAAUACUUUAAGCGAUAAGAGCCUUGUCUCAAUCGGAGAAAACUGCCCCAAUUUAAUCCGUAUUUGCCUAAUGGGAUGCAACAAGUUCACGAGCGAAGGUUUAAUGCCGCUGCUUUCUGGCUGCUCCAAGCUUCAAGAACUCGACCUGUCCUUCUGCUACAAAGCUCUGGAACCCUCCAGCUCCAAUGUUCUGGAACACCUACCGACCAGCAUCACGUCGCUGUCUCUCAGUGGGCUGCCAGUAGACGGCGCCACACUCCACAAGGCCCUGGUGCGCCUCACGAAGCUCAGCGAGCUCAGGUUAUGUGGGAUCAACAACAUCACGGAAGAGGACAUUGAAGAGAUCUUCAGUGGCAUCGGAAGUGAGCUCACACUCCUAGACUUGACCAGGUGUCACCAAUCUCUGACUGACCACGCCCUGCGGUCCGUCCUGAAAUACUGCACGGAGCUGGAGGACUUGUCUAUCUCAGGCUGCGCACGUCUCACGGGGGAAGCCUUCAUCAAUUUGAUACGGGAUCCACGAAGGGCCAAGAAUCUGACCAGUCUAAAACUCAAUGGCGUGAAAGAGAUUUCCCAUUCAAUCCUGAUUGGAAUAGCCACGUCGUGCCCAAACUUGGAGACCGUCUACCUUGCUGGCUUGAAGUGUGUCGAUGAUGCGUUACUGUUUGACCUUGCCACUAACUGCCCUAAACUCAGCAACAUCUCAAUCAAGAGCUCCACUGGAAAGGACUCACACCAGGUGACGGAUGCAGGACUGCUUGACCUGGUGCGAUGCUGCACUCUACAGCACGUGGUCAUCUCGGGCAUUCAUAAGAUCACGGAUAGGUGCGUCUUAGCCUUAGCCAACUCCUGCCCUGACUUGAAGAGUCUGUAUGCAUCGGGCUGUACCAUGAUCACUUUCGCUGGUAUCAGAUACCUUAAGGAUAUGUGUAACAACAGAGUCCAUGUGGAGCACAAGAUCCCGAACCUUGACCCGAACCAGGUCAUGGCCAAGAAUCUGGACACGGGAGAAUUUUGCCGUGUGGACCAGAUGCACUGACGGGAGGCUGGUUAGUUUCAUGGGAAUCUCUUGAAAUCUCAUCGUUGGUCAGUCAAAAUAAGCAUCUUGUUGUAACUCGCCAGUCAAUGCACACUUCCUGUCUGCUAAUCAAACGGCGCUCAUUGACCA